UGGUGGUACAGGAAAUGUACGUCUAACUGUGGCGCCCCCUAUUGUCCUGACGCAUUACGACAGGAAGCCUUGCGCCUCUAGCGGCCGGUCGGAGUAGGGCGUCUCUCUCCCGCAGCUGCGCCGCUCCGCUUCUUUCUGUUUGUCAGACUCGCAAUCCGAGGGAGAGGAGCGAGCCGCCAUUUUCCGAGCUCGUCGCUUCCCCCUCGAACGACAACAAUAAAAAACGGACAACCCCGGGGUUUUCUCAGCCGAAAUCGAGCACGAAGACCUUUCGGAGAAGGAGAGAAGGGAUUGCGCUCAAAGAACGACCAGGAAAGGGAUACAGUUCACUGUUUUUCCGCGGCUUUUGUCGGGGGCGAUUGAAAAACAGCCGCCUGGGCUCCUAUAGCUCGACUGCCCCCGUUUCUUUCGCCCAUUUCGUGAUCCCUAAACGCAGCCCGGAGGAGUGGGAGGAGGAAAAGGAGGGGGUUACCGAGCACCGGAGCGCGCGAGAGGCCCGGGAUUUUUCCACCUGAACGUGCAACAGCGGAAUCUGCAUCUGGAUCAUUGCUUCAACCUGUCAGUUAUUGCUACUAUAUUUCUUAAGCGUGGAGAUUAAUUACAAACGUUUCCCCCGGAAUCGGCUCCUCAUCACGUGGCUGCCCCCUGGCACAGUGGUAGGUGGGUGGUGUGGAGCUGGCCUCGGCACCGGGAGAGGCCCCCUCGCCCGCCCCCUCCCAGCGCUGCAUGGCUGCAAUGGCGCCCGCUCUGACCGACACUCCGGCCGAAGCUCACCGCAUACGCUUCAAACUGGCUCCGUCCUCCUCCACCCUCUCCCCGAGUGGCGUGGAGGGAAGCGGUACCGGCAACCACAUCCUCGUGUCCAGUAACGGCGCCGUCAAGCGCAAGGCCUCGGAGGAGCGCCCCUCUCGCGGGGCUGGCCCCUGCAAGCCCAUCGUUACCUCAUAUCACUGUUCAGAUGUGUCCUUGGCAAAAGAGUCCCUGAAGCUGCAAGGUGUUCUACUGCAGACACACAACAUCCUGCCGAGCCUCAUACCACGCAAGCACCAGGCUUUAGAGCUCUCCGAGGAACAGCCAAAGAGCAUCAUGAGUGCCAGUGGAGGAGGUGGACCAUGUGGGCCACCCACAGUUAACGGCAUAGCAAAGAAAGUGACUAAACCAACUGACCGAGACAAAGAGGUGACCUUAAAUGGUGGCCAACAUACCGUCGAGCAGGAUUUGUCAAAUCAGACUGAAGUUGUCAAUUCUACUGUGGGACUGACAAGCAACGGUCCUCUACGAGAAGCUGCAGAGCGGCACCAGCUGUCAACGGGUGAGUCUCAGAACUGUCCCAGUAAUGGAGCACCUCCUGCAACAUCUCCAACCUCCAGCGCACCUUUCACAGAAGACAAAAUUUCGGACUGUCCGGCAUUAGGCAGUGAAGAUAUGUUGGCGCUCUCGCUUGCUACCCGCCAAGACCCUUUAGGUGGCCUUGGGCCGGAGCUAAGCGACCGUACUCAGCACAGCCAGAGCAGACAAAGGGAGAUCGAGGUGCGGCUAUGGCGAUUACGCAAACGGCUGCAGGUGGUGCAGGCCAAGCAGGUGGAGCGGCAUGUGCAACAACAGUUGGGCGGUCUACUCAAGAGCACACUGGGUGCUCUGGAUGCCAGGCGGCCGAGGGGCCAUCACAGCGAUGACUCUCUCACCCCUCAGGAGAGGGACGGACUAAGACGUUUCCUGAAGAGUGGAUCCAUGCCGGCUGAGUUAGAGCGACUGUCCCUGAGCUGCACCACCAACCUGCGAUCUGCCGAAUGCGCAUUCGAUUCCGAUGCCACGGAAAGCAGCUCAGGAGGAGAAACUGAUGUGGAGGAAGAUGAACUGGCUCGGGUCGACAUUGAGCAACGCCACAUUCCUCUGUGA